CUGAACUAGCUAACGACCGCUUCUAGCUGCGGCUCUCCCCAUCUCAUCUAUAAAUAUAGCUAUACAGAAUCCCAAACCUAAUCCACUGAAAAAAAAUCUAAACCGACGAAUAAAGGAGAGAUAAGUUGUCAGUCAAGGCUCCAGAAGGAGCCGCAAGCGUAGACAAAGAGGCUCCCUUGUGGCGUGACCAUGAAGCCACGCCCGCCGGCGGGGGCGUCGUCUGCUUCAGCCGUGACCGCCAGGCUCCGGCCGCACCUCGCGCGGAUCACAUCUUUCCUGAUCGUCUUCGCCGUCGGCUACUCCGUCGGCCUCCUGUCCUCAUCUACCCGGCCGUCGCCGAAGCCGUCCCAGACGACGAUCGUGCGGCCGCACGCCGCGCACCUCACCGACGCCUCCACCACCGUCCCGGCGACGAACGCCACGGCCGCGGCGGCGGCGGCGACGACGAGCUACCCGCGGUCGCCGCCGCACGACCUGUUCCGAUUCAGGGAGGAGUGCGGGGAGCCGGUGCCGAGCGAGGCCGUCGUGCCGACGCUGCUCGAGAAGCUGUUCGACGGCGAGAGCCCCUACGCGGGCUUCCCCACGCCGCAGACCGCGGCACUGCUGCACCCGGCGAAGGCGCGCCCGCGCGGGUGGGGCUCGACGGGGGCCGUGUUUGCGGAGCUCAUCGAGGCGGUGCGCCCGGAGGUGAUCCUCGAGCUGGGCGCCUUCCUGGGCGCGUCGGCGCUGCACAUGGCGGCCGUGUCCCGGAACCUCUCGCUGUCCCCGGCCAUCCUCUGCGUCGACGACUUCCGCGGGUGGCCGGCGUUCCGCGAGCGGUUCCGGCGCGACGUCCCGCCGGCGCGGCACGGGGACGCGCUGCUGCUGCCGCAGUUCAUGGCCAACGUGGCUGCGGCGGGCGACGGCGCCGCGGCGCGCGUGCUGCCGCUGCCCUUCUCCACGGCGUCCGCGCUGGCCGCGCUGUGCGGGUGGGGCGUGUACGCGGACCUCAUCGAGGUGGACGCCGGGCACGACUUCCACUCGGCGUGGGCGGACAUCAACCUGGCCUGGGCCGUGCUCCGGCCAGGCGGCGUCAUGUUCGGCCACGACUACUUCACCUCCGCCGACGACCGCGGCGUGCGCCGCGCCGUGACGCUCUUCGCUAAGGUCAAGGGGCUCACCAUCCGGCCCCACGGCCAGCACUGGGUGCUCUCCCCAAAGCCGCGCGGCCACGGCAAAGCCCGGUGACGGUUCAGCACUCACCACCUCGACCAAAAGCCGACGAAAAAGGUUGCGGCGUUGCCACUAUUCUCUGAAGUGUUCCUCUCAACCACCAUCAAUCUUUUUUCUCCCGCCUUAUUCUUCUCUAAUGGCACGGAGAUUGCUUACAAAAGAAACUAAGAAUGCAUUUGUUCUUCUCUGAGAUACUAUAUUCGAGUAGCAUUGGACGAUGGAAAUUUAUGUAUAGUAGACAUGAACACGACGUCUGCAAGUGUAUUAUGGAGUAAAUUAAAGUAAGCUAGAUAGAUGGAAUGUUGCUAUUGAU